AUGCCCAAGAAAAGGAAAUCAAACCUUGGCCACUUCACAAAUAGUGCCAAAAGGAUGCGCUUAUCUAGAAACAAUCAUUCGCAAAUGCACGAUCAAAAUAUGGUUGACAAUAACGACAACAACCAUAAUGCCAAUGCCCAUCAACAAACUUAUCUUUCUAUUGAUAAUCUGACUGAUCAAGAUAAUGCUAUUGAUAUUCCAAUUGAAUUUUCGAAUUUUUUGAAUCCAUCAGGACUUCCUCCGCAUAAACUGGACUUGAAAAUUGGAGCUCCAAUAAUACAUAUGAGGAAUUUAAACGCACCAAAAUUAUGCAAUGGUACUAGAUUACGGAUAGUAACUAUGCAGAGGAACGUGAUUGAAGCUAAAGUUCUUUCUGGCUCAGCCCAAGGUCAAGUUGUUUUCAUUCCCAGGAUACCGAUGAUUACUAAUGAAUACCCGUUCGAAUUUAAACGAGUACAAUUUCCUAUAAAGCUUUGUUUUGCUAUGUCUGUCAAUAAGGCACAGAGACAGACACUGAACGUUGCAGGCCUUGACAUUACGAAUCCCUGUUUUACCCGCGGACAAUUUUAUGUUGCUUGCUCCCGUGUCAGUUCGGCAAAACUUUUAUAUGUGUAUGCGAAUCACCAAAGGACAAAAAAUAUUGUUUACAAAGAAGUAUUAUAA